GUGACGUCACGCCGGGCUCCCGUUAACGGAGCUGAUCCCACACGCGCCCUGCACUCAGCCGCAGGAAUCAACGCCACAUGAGGGACGACAGACAGAGAAACUACUGAGGCUUCACGCUUUCGUGCUCUCAUCGAUCGUCACUGAUCAGUUUCAGUCUGUUUGCAGUGGAUUACGCGCAACUCUUGGAUUUACUGAGAAUGAUGAGCAGUUUGAGGGAUGAAGCUCACGCUGAACUCUCCUCGGGUGGUGUGAUGAAGAGCAAGUGAUGAGACGCCGUGAGGAAUGUCCGUCUGUCUGCUGCUGGUCCUCCUCACACUGACCGCAAACACUCAGGUGUCUUCUGGAAAAUCUCUGAAGCUGCUGCAGGAACAAUGGAGGAUCUACACAAAUGAGUGCAUUCAGAGCUUCAUCAGCACACCGCCGGCCUCAGGGCCUGUGUGCAACAGGACGUUUGAUCAAUACGUGUGUUGGCCCGAUGGAUCGCCAGGCACCAUGGUUAACGUGUCCUGCCCGUGGUACCUGCCCUGGUACCGAAAAGUUCAUCAGGGGUUGGUGUACCGCGUGUGCGGCGCUGACGGCAGAUGGGCUCAUGGGAAAAACACCAGUGAGUGCGAGGAGAACGACCCUGGACAGAAGCAGUAUGGUCAGAUCCUCAGCAAGUUCAGAGCCAUGUACACCGUCGGAUACUCGCUGUCUCUGGCAGCACUAACUCUCGCGCUGGCCAUCCUGAUCACCUUCAGGAAGCUGCACUGCAUGAGGAACAACAUCCACAUGAAUCUGUUCGGCUCCUUCAUUCUGCGUGCCCUCUCAAUCCUCGUCAAAGACGCGCUGCUGGAUCAGAUGAACAGCGCUCAGAGCGGCCCGCAUCACUUCCAGGGUCAGCGCUGGGUCAGCGUUCAGACGGUGAGCGGUUGCCGUGCCGCAAUGGUGAUGAUGCAGUACAGCGUGAUGGCCAACAACUACUGGCUGCUGGUGGAGGGUCUGUAUCUGCACAGCCUGCUGGUCAUCACCGUCUUCUCCGAGAGGAACUACUUCUACAUUUACCUCUGCAUCGGCUGGGGUGCGCCACUCAUAUUUGUGCUGCCGUGGAUGACAGUCAAAUACCUGUAUGAAAAUGAAGAAUGCUGGGAAAGGAAUAUCAACAUGGGCUUCUGGUGGAUCAUCCGUUCUCCCAUUCUGUUUGCGUAUUUGAUUAAUUUCAUUAUAUUCAUUCGUAUAAUAAAGAUUCUGAUGUCCAAGCUAAAGGCUCAUCAGAUGAGGUACACCGACUACAAAUUCAGGCUGGCCAAGUCCACGCUCACGUUGAUUCCUCUGCUGGGAAUUCACGCCAUCCUCUUCACCUUCGUCAUCGAUGAGUCCGUGCCGAAGGAGUCUCUUCUCAGGCUGAUCCGCCUCUUCUACGACCUCCUGUUCAGCUCUUUCCAGGGUCUGCUCGUGGCCAUCCUGUAUUGCUUCGUCAACAAAGAGGUCCAGAGCGAGAUGCUGAAGAAGUGGAAGCGGUGGAAACUAGGCAAGGACAUUGAGGAAGAAUACCGUCACACCCACAGCCAGACGCCCCAUGCCAAAAGUGUCAGCACAGCCCCUGUGAUGACCCACGAAUGCCCCGAAACCCCAGAACUGGCGGCCACGUCCUCGGCAGAGUCCCAGCGUCUGGUGACGGGUCUUCAGAACGGAGCAAGCUGGAACCGGGGUCGCACGAGGCUGCAGUUAACCUCCGAGCCACAGGAGGCCGCCAGUAACUGCAGCUCUCUGACAGAAGACAUUUGUCUGGAAGAGCGUCCCCUCAACAGUGAGUGCUCAACAGUGGUGACAGAAACCAACGUUUGAUGCUGAUGGCUGUUUUUAACACUAAUGGAUCAAUGGAGAUGAUGUUACAUUCCAGAUAUUGUUACCAAACAGGCCUCUAUCAUAAGAACGCUUGCAUAUGUGGAUCUAGUAACCUUUAUAAACAAACCACAGUUAUCUCAUGAGUUGGUAAAUAACCAAACAGUAUUAAUUAUCGGUGCCUUCUUAAGGGGCGGUUAAAAUUUACCACUGCUGAAAUCCAGUCAUUAUACGUGCUGGGGAAAGAUACUUUUAAAAGUAAUGCAUUACAAAAUUGUGUUACUCCCUAACAAAAGUGACUGAUUGUGUUAACUAGUUACUUUUUAUGGAAAGUAAUGUGUUACUUUUGCAUUACUUUUUCUCAUCUGAGCGUCAUGGUGCUCUCAUGAACGUCUGGCAAAGACUGACACAGAAGAGAAGAAAUUGUUAAAAUAAGUCAUUAUUUUGGAGGGGGUUAAAACACAAAAAUAUUCCCAUAGUUUUGUAAUAUUAAGGUUUAACCACUGAUGUCAUAUGGAGUUGUGUAGCUGUCUAUGGAGGGUCAGAAAGCUCUCAGAUUUCAUUGAAAAUGAAACAAAGGUCUUUACAGGUUUGGAACAACAUAAUGGUGAGUAUUUGAUGACAAAUUUUUCAUUUUUGGGCAAACUAUGCCUAUAAUACAUCAGUACACUGUUGGCGUAGACGAUGAACGUUUUUUGGCUCUGAAAUUAUAUUGAAAUUGAAACCUGGAAACCACCCAAAAUAGCUUAUUUGUGGUGAAAAUAACAAUUAUAUUUGCAUUUAGCAGACAUUUUUAUCCAAAGCGACUUAGACUCGCAGUAGAAUAAAUCAUUAUGAUCUAUUAUGAACAAUAGAUCCUAAUUUGUUACAGAGCCAACAAUAUUCACAGUAUUCAGUGGCAGGUUUAAUAAAACCUAGAUUAGGAAACAAGCUAGAGCAGAGGAGAAAUGCAGAAAAGAGAAAAUGUGUGUCUUCAGCUGCUUCUUGCAAGUUGUGAUGGUCUCAGCAGUUCGGGUUGAGGUUGGCAGCUCCUUCCACCAGAGAGGAGCCGAGAGGGUGAAGCAUCUGGAAAACGUCUUCAUACCUUACUGUGAAGAAAUGACAAGGUGCUGCUCAUACAGUACCAAUGAAAACACUUGGUUAUUUACCCACUCAGGAGUUAAAACCGCUUUAAUUGAGUUGCCCUUUAAGAAACACUCACUGAAACAUCUCACACUGGCAGAUAGCUACGAGGCGUCCAUAAUUCAGCUCCAUUUCUACUGAACACUAACCAUGGACAUAAGCAAAGGAAACUCAUCACUUGCUCGGCAUCGCUGAGCUUAAUCUUUCAUGUGGGGUGUUCGGUUGGUAGCGUGACCAGACGCUUUAAAAACGUGUCAAAUUCAAGCAGAUCCUCAGUGGAAGCUUUUUUUGAAGCAUAUGGUGUAACGUUACUGUGUUUACUCACUAUGUCCAUCCACACACUUCUUUGGAGUGCCAUUCUUACAGACUACCCACAAUUCACUGGGACAAUGAACAACUCCGCUCAACUUAGUGCUUGGGAAUGUUCUUUAUGGUUCCCUCGUGAGGAUUCUGGGAUUAUGGAAGAUCUAUAACUGUGUUCAAGACCAUUACUUUAAAAAAUGACUUGCCUAAUCAUUCGGUAUUUGAGUGAAAAUGGUGUAACAUAGGACUGAAACACUUUCCGUGUUGAUGAUGCAUUAUUUACUGAAGCAAACCACAAGGUACAUUAAGAAUAUAUUUAUGAACAUUGAUAAUGUAUAAAUAUAUUGUCAAAGCGUGUUGUUGAGCACAGCAUGCAGUGAAUUAUUGCUUUUACAAAAAAAAAAAAAAAACAUUUUAGUGUCAAGUGCCAUUUUUCAGCUUGAAGAAGUAGUCCCUAAUAUAACCAAACUAUGCACCAAAAAAUAAGAAAUAAGCAAAAGGCACACUGAUUUGAUGAGCAGGUGCUUUGUGUCAUAGCUGUUUAUAUAUAGGCUGGAUCACUGCAUUGACCAAUCAGAAGCCAAAAUUUAUAUAUAUAUAUAUAUAUAUAUGAAGAGUUAAGAUGCAAAAGCCUCUAAAUCCAUCUGAUGUAUUUCUUUAAAAUUAGCAUUUGUUUCUGGCUACUUUGUAUAGGUUUCUAUGUAAGUACUGGUACUUCUGAUUGGGCUGAGGCUGGAAAUUAGCAACUUUGAAGUAAAAGUAUUUGAUGGACAUAUUAUAUGUGCCAGGAGCAUUCACUCAGUAUCAUUAGCUCAUUUUGACCGGGAUGGCUUUUAGCUGGUUUUGCAUCUGAACUCUCUCUCUCUCUCUCUCUCUCUAUAUAUAUAUAUAUAAUUCAGUUUUAUAACUUAAUUUUUCUAUGCUUAUAUGGUUGACACUGAAAAAAAAAAUUCUUGAUUUAGUUAAAACCUGACCUCUAAACCUCAAAUCUAUCCACCAUCAAGCUUCAAGAACAUAUUAAUAAUGCAUAAUAAACACAGAGCUUUGUAUGGAGUCCUGGAUGUCAUGUGAUUGUAAUCUGCAUCAUUUGAAUGUUUUUUUGUGUUUUGUGGAAAGAAUUUGUAUGGAAGAGUUGAACUAUAGUACAUGUGUAAAUCAAUUUUGUUAUUGCUUGCGAGAACAAGGAGUAAAGAGGGAGCAAAAACGAUGUCGAAACCGAAAGGCAAAUGGUAAAAAUAAAACUCCCUGAAUCUGGUUGUUUA